UUCCGUCGCGCGACACCGCCCACAUCCGGCGGGCGCCGCAGGAAGUGACGUGCUCGGGGCGGGCGGGCUUCCGGAGGCGGGCAACAUGGCGGCGCUGACCCGGCUGGCCUCUGUCCUUCGCUUCGCAGGCCCUCUCUUCAGAGCGGUGGGAGGCAGUGGAGUCCGUCAUGCCAGCGGCGGAGUGCACAUCGAGCCCCAGUACAGACAGUUUCCCCAGCUGACCAGGUCCCAGGUGAUCAGGGGCGAGGUCUUCAGCGCAACCAUGUGGUUUUGGAUUCUCUGGCGCUUUUGGCAUGACUCCGACGCUGUGCUGGGGCACUUCCCGUAUCCAGACCCCGCCCAGUGGACAGAUGAGGAGUUGGGCAUCCUUCCUGACGAUGAGGACUGAUGUGCCCACUCAGCGCUUCCCAGUGGACAGCAAACGCACCAUAUCCCCCUGCCUGGAUGGGUGUUUUUGGAGAAGCACAAGCAUAUAGACUAAAAUCCUCUGUCUGGAAACCAGCCCGAUUCAAGGAGGGUUCUGAUGCACUGCGGUGGAUUUUUGGCAAUGAGCGGGCCAGCAGCUCAAUGGAGGCGAGAAUCUACCAAAAAAAAAAAAAAAAAAAAAAAAAAGACAUUAAAAAAAAGAAAAU